UGAACACUGAAGACAGGAUCUUAGUUAGUACCAAACAGGCGCCAUGUUCCUUUGGACCAGCCAUUGCAGUUCGAGAGGGAAGCAGCUGGAAGAAAGUAAAGCCAGAAUGCAGCAGCAAGCAAUAACCGAUGCCCAAUUGCCCAUGUCUGCUUCUGAAUCUUACCCACAACUUUACGGAGCCAAACCCUAAUUCAUUUAAUGCAAUCAAACGCCUUUACGUCCUAGAUUGCAGAGCUGCCCUAAAAAGCCUUUCCUUCCCCCCCGUUCCAUAUGCACAGUGCUGUACGUAGUAGCACCAGUUGCUCUUUUGGUUCCCUCUGCCCUGCCAAUGCCACUGAUCGCUGAUCGCUUUUGACUUCCAUAUAUGUGUGCAUCUAUGCGCUUCUCGAGGGCUCUCUCUGUCUCUGGUCAUAUCUAGAGAUAGAUAGAUCAGAGGUGGAUUGUGAAUUGGGUUUUCAACUUCAAUGAUGUCGACGCAGAGAAGAGAGCCGGAGAUGGAGGCGCGUGGGAGGAGACCCAGGGCGGAGACGAGCCCGGAGUCGACGGCCAAAGUGGCGGUGAAGCCAAGGCUGCAGCUGAACAAAGCCAUCUUCAGAAAGGUUCAAGUUGUGUAUUAUCUAUCAAGAAAUGGGCUUCUGGAGCACCCUCAUUUCAUGGAAGUCACCCACCUCGCCCAUCAACACCUUCGUCUUAAAGAUGUGAUGGACAGGCUGACGGCUCUCAGAGGGAAAGGCAUGCCUUCUCUCUAUUCCUGGUCUUGCAAGAGGAGCUAUAAGAAUGGGUAUGUGUGGAAUGACUUGUCCGAGAAUGAUAUUAUCUAUCCAUCAGAAGGAGCUGAAUAUGUGCUCAAAGGCUCUGAACUCAUAGAAGGCUGUUCUGAAAAAUUUCAGAAGCUUCAACUUGGGGGAGAAGUGUUAGUAGUCCCCGGCACCAGCUUCCGCCAUAAACGCAGACCAGAAGCGGCUAAACGACGAUCAGAAUCUGAACCGGAGGAAGAGGAUGAUGGUGAAGAAGAAGAAGAAGAAGAGGUUGAAGAUAAGACGAGCUAUACGACGAGCUCGAUGAACUCUCGGUGUUCGAGAGGCGUUUCCACCGAAGACAACGAGUUGGAGCAGGAAGAAACGGCCCACAAAAACCACCCGUCUCCGCCGUCGACGACCUCCUCGACCGUCUCCGACAAGGCCAACGAGAGCAACAACGCAUCAAAGAGGUUUGAGGACGGGGACCCAGUUGCCGCCGAGUCACUCACGGGACGCAACUCGGUGCUGCUUCAACUCUUUUCUUGCGGCGGCUCGACCUCGUUCAGAGGGAAGAGUGUGCCAGUGCCGCUCGUGAACCCGCCGCCGCCGCCGUGCGGGGCGGCGAGAAAGAGUACUGGGGCUAGUCUCCAGAAGGUGGUGGUGAGUAAGACGGCGGCGGCGGCGGCGGGGGUGGAGGCGGACAUGAUCAGGUGCAUGUCGGAGAACCCCAGGUUUGGGAAUUUGCAGGCGGAAGAGAAAGAGUACUUCAGCGGGAGCAUUGUGGAAGCCAUGGCUGAGGAGCGAGCUCAGCUUCAGCCUUUAGGCUUGAAGAGAUCAUCUUCUUACAAUGAAGAACGGGGCAGGAGCCAAGAGGACGGAGAAGGCGGCAUGAAAGAGGAGAUUGCCGAGAGGAAGAGGGAGACGAGUGGGAAGAUGACCGGAAAAUGCAUCCCAAGAAAGGCGGCCACCUCAAAACACAGCAAGAAAUGACCAGACCAGACAGUAUGAUUGUCGGCUGACCUGAGCUCAAUCACCAACAGUUGAUGUUCCAAAACGUUAUUUUGAUAUUGGUUUAUGAUAUUUUUAAUGAUACCUAUGAAUUAACAAAAUUUGAUUAAUGUUUA